UGACAGCUCCUCUUGGUUGACAGCCCUUCCGUUUUCUGUUCUUUUUCUUCGUGGUUUUCGACUGACAAGAUGGCUCCAACUGCCAAGACCAACAAGGGUGAUUCCAAGACGGCCGCCAAGCCGGCCGAAAAGAAGGCCGCUCCCGCCGCCGCUGCCGCCAAGGGCAAGGUGGAGAAGCCCAAGGCUGAGGCCGCCAAGCCCGCCGCCGCCGCUGCCGCCAAGAAUGUGAAGAAGGCACCGGAGGCCGCCAAGGCAGCCGCCGCUGCUGCCGCCAAGCCCGCAGCUGCCAAGCCAGCGGCCGCCAAGCCCGCUGCUGCUGCCGGCAAGAAGGCCCCAGCUGCUGCUGCCGCUGCCCCGAAGAAGGACGCCAAGGCUGCCCCAGCUCCCGCUGCCGCUGCCAAGGCUGCUCCGGCCAAGAAGGCUGCCUCCACCCCGGCUGCCGCUCCUCCGGCCAAGAAGGCCGCUCCCGCCAAGGCUGCCCCGGCCGCUGCCGCUGCUCCGGCUGCUGCUGCACCAGCUGCCGCUGCUGCUCCCGCCGCCAAGCCGGCACCAAAGCCCAAGGCAAAGGCUGCCCCUGCUCCCAGCAAGGUGGUGAAGAAGAAUGUGCUGCGCGGCAAGGGCCAGAAGAAGAAGAAGGUCGCCCUGCGCUUCACCAUCGACUGCACCAACAUUGCUGAGGACAGCAUCAUGGAUGUGGCCGAUUUCGAGAAGUACGUCAAGGCUCGCCUUAAGGUCAACGGCAAGGUGAACAAUCUGGGCAACAAUGUCACCUUUGAGCGUACCAAGCUCAAGCUGCACGUCAGCUCCGAUGUGCACUUCUCCAAGGCCUACCUGAAGUACCUCACCAAGAAGUACUUGAAGAAGAACAGCCUGCGUGACUGGAUCCGUGUGGUUGCCAACGAGAAGGACUCGUACGAGCUGCGUUACUUCAGGAUCAGCUCCAACGACGACGAGGACGACGAUGCCGAGUAAACACACACAAUACAAACAAAUUCAAACGUUUACAAUGAUCAUCCUGUAUUGCCUGAUUCGUUUUUAUUAAAUAAUCUCACGACUCGGAAGAGAUGAGCUCGUGUUUUU